AUGAAGCAGUUCAAGGCGCAGAGAAUUGACACGGCAGGCGUCAUCCUGAAGGUCAAAGAACUGUUUAAAGGCCACUCUGAGCUCAUUCUGGGCUUCAACACCUUCCUCCCCAAAGGGUACGAGAUCAGACUGGAUGACGACCCGAUCCCCGCCAAGCAGUGGGCCGAACCUGCCCGGGCCGCCCCCCAGGCUCCGGCCCAGCGCACAGACCGCGAGCCCAAGGCCCCUGUCGAGUUUGACCAGGCCAUCAGCUACGUCAACAAGAUCAAGCAGCGCUUCUCCACGGACGAGCGGGUGUACAAGGCCUUCCUGGAGAUCCUCAACAUGUACCGCAAGGGCCAGAAGUCCAUCGGCAGCGUGUAUGAGGAGGUGGCGCUGCUCUUCCGCAACCACGACGACCUGCUGAGGGAGUUCACCUACUUCCUGCCCGACAACACCCCGCCGGUGAGGACCUGGGGGUGGAACGAGGGGGCCAGUGCCUGGUGA